UAGAUGUGGCCCUUGUGGCUAAGGGGAUCAGGGGGUAUGGAGAGAAGGCAGGUACGGGAUACUGAGUUGGAUGAUCAGCCAUGAUCCUAUUGAAUGGCGGUGCAGGCUCGAAGGGCCGAAUGGCCUACUCCUGCACCUAAUUUCUAUGUUUUUAUGUUUCUAUGUACUGUGCUGGGGACAAGCAAUGACACUUAGACUUUAGAUAUACAGCACAGGAACAGGCCCUUCGUCCGUCCAGUCUGCUCCGACCAGCGAUCACUAGCACGAUCUUACACACGAGGGACAAUUUACAAGUUUUACCAAAGCCAUUUAACCUACAAACCUGUAUGACUUUGGAACGGAGGAGGAAACCUGAGAAAACCCACGCGGUCAAACUCCACAAAAACAGCACCUGUAAAUCGGAUCUCUGGCGCAGUAAGGCAGCAACUAUACUGUUGCAUCACCAUUCCGACCCAUUGUAGAGCAGAUAGCAUUCUGCAUUCUAAAAGUUCAUGAAUAAAAGACCCUUCGAUGAGAUAUUUUAAAUACCCAUUUGGUCCUGUGUUAUAUGAAAUUGAAACAUUGACACUUUUGGCAUGGGCAAUUUGGGCGUGGGUUAGUCAGCAUGGGCAAGUUGGGCCGAAGGGCCUGUUUCCACACUGUAUGAUUAUAUCACUUGUUGACUCUCUGACUCGUUAGGGAGGGGUGUACUGCAAUUUUUAAAUUCUCACUAUGUUGUGCCUGCAUGCAGAAUAAAAACCUGUUUAAGAACUCUGCUAUUUAAUGUUUGCAUUUUGGAAUUAUAAGGGACAGAAAAAGUUCUAAAGGUGAAAAUCAAAGGUAGUUUUGUCUGAGAAAAAUGCAAUUUAUGCUAUGGCAAUGCCAGUAAAAUGCCAACAUAAUGCAUGCUCUUCUCGAUCUGAAACAUGGCAGGAAAUAAUUUGCUCGGGUCAGACGAUCUUAUCACUCAAAUGGAAAACGCAUCAACUACAUCUCACACUGUUUUGAAUAACCACUAAUUUUACCUAGAAGUUCUCUCUCUCCCCCUUAUUUUUCGAUGCACUGUCCUUGAAACUGCAGCACAAGUACAAUUUGUUCUACAAACCCCUCCAACUGAAACAGAUUUUUUUUUUUUUUUAAAUGUGACAUAAGAUUGUAUGUGGGUAUUUGAAGGGUAUUUUGAAGGGUAAAUCUUUCAAAUACAAUUUCAACUUCCUUUGCCGCCUGCAAAGGCAUUUCCUGGUUUGAAAACCAUUAUGUUCCAUCAUACGUAAGUAAGCAGGUGAGAAAAUCUGCUCAUCUAUCUCUCCACCACGUUGCAAACUGAUGGUCCUUUUUAAAAAAAAAGCUUAUUCUACAAAUUUAUAUUUGAGAUGCUGUUGAUGCAGAUAAAGCUUUUUCACCAUUUUUCACUCAUUUGUACUCUAGAAUAUUUACUCUUUCCUCGGUGUGCACUCAAGUGUACUGCCAUAGUCCAGUGCAUUUAUCAGUACUGACACCAAACAACCUCAUCAUACCACAGCCAAGUAAUAUAUUUUCCUAUUUUUCUGCCAUUCAUAACAAUUACAGUGGCGAUUUUAUUGUGGUUUUGGGUGAUACUGAUCUUUUUCUGGCCUAAUAACAUCAAGCCCAAAUAGCAUGCAUCCUCGUGGAGUUGUGGAAACAAGAAGCUGCAGAUGUUCGGGAUGGCAUGGUGGCGCAGCGAUCGAGUUGCUGCCUUGCAGCGCCAGAGACCCAAGUUCGAUCCUUACAAAGGGUGCUGUUUGUAUGGAAUUUGUAGGUUCUUCCUGGGUUUUCAAUGGGUGCUCCAGUUUCCUCCCACAUUCCAAAUGCCUGCAGAUUUGCAGGAUAAUCCUUGUGCCACUAUGACACCCUAAAUCAUUUAAAUAAUCCGUAAAAAUAGAAACAUUUUGUGCAUAUAUUCAGUUUUUCCCAACAGCUUUGAAAUUGCAGGUUCUAAUCUAUAAGUGUGACCAAUGUACCACUAACCAAGGUGUGUGUUGUACGCCUGAUAUUUUAAUACAGCUGUAAAAAGUCAGUAGCCAGAAAUUCUCUUAUGUUACAUUGGCUUUUCAAGCUGUGUAUGAUGACCGCCUCUAUUUUAUCGAGCAUGUUGGGCAAACCCAGCAAAACAAUGAUGCAAAUCAUUUAAGAUCCUUAACAGCACUUCCUUGUCCAUGUUUGCUUGCGUACACAGCACAGCAACACACACACUGAUAACAAAAGUCACCUGUGCUAUGUUUCUUUAGAACCUCCCCAUUGAAAUCCUACCACAUUUCGAGUUAGGAAACAGUGCUGGCCACACGCAGUAUUCAAUGUUUUUUAACAGUGCACUGAUGCAUGGUGCCUACGUUACUUAAAGAGCAAUCAACCACGUAUAACUUUAUUCGAGCGUCAAGUGCAGAUGAUCUCUGAUGGUUUCAGAGUCUCGAGUGUAGCAGUAACUGCUUUCAAACUGUUGGUUGUCAUAGAAACGGAGAAAAAUUCAUACGCUUUCAAACUCAUGUCCCUUGAAGAUCUGGAACAGGUCGUUACUCAUGUCACAGCAUCGCUCAAAAAGAUAUUUCCAGACUCAUCGCCGAGGAAAUUACUCAAGAAGAAUUCACCGGAGUUGCAAGAGAGGAUUAAAAAAAUCAGUUUGGCGUUGGAGGAACAGACUGAUUCCAAUCCAGGACCAUGUGGUGGCUACUCAGAAAUGUACGCAGCGUUGUGCGACUACAAUGGGUUUCUCUUCAAAGAAGAGAUCCAGUGGGAUGUGGAUACCAUCUAUCAUAGCCAGAACACCAAGGAGUUUAACCUUCUAGACUUCAGCCACUUGGACACAAGAGAUAUGGCAUUGAGUGUGGCAGCCUUGGCAUUCAAUCAAUGGUUUACAAAACUUUUCUCCAAGGAUUUGAGACUGAGUCCUGAUGUGAUUGAACAGGUCUUGUAUGUAAUCAGCUGGUCCACUAAACUAGAAGAGCUGGUUUUAGAAAAUGCUGGAAUAAAGUUUGAUGCUGCACAGAAAAUAGCUCAGGCCCUGGAAGAGAAUGUGAAUCCUGCACUCCACACAAUAAAUCUAUCCAACAAUCAACUAGAGGACAGAGGAGUGUUAGCACUCAGUCAACAGUUUGAAAAGCUCAGCAAAGGGCUGAAGUACAUCAACCUCUCCAGGACAUCACUGACAACAAAGGGUCUGAACUCUUUGGCUCAGUCAUUCAUUGCCAAUGAAACAUUUGCAUCCUCUCUUGUUCAGCUGGAUCUCUCUGGUAAUCCCGGCAUCUUUGCUGUUGAAGAGAAUUGUAAUUUGUAUGCCUUCCUUGCCCGUCCGAAUGCACUGACUCACCUGGAUCUUGCUGGGACCGACUGCGCCCUGGAUUCUCUGUUUGGAGCACUGAAUCGUGGUUGUUGUAUACACCUAUCCUCUCUGAUUCUCAACCGAAAUGUAACUUCCCACAAGAAAACAAAGGAAAUCCCUUCUUCGAUGAGGCAGUUCUUCAGCAACUGUUUAUCCUUGAAGUUCAUCUCACUAUCUGGAAUCAAACUACCACUAGAAGCAGUAAGAGCAAUUUUCCAAGGCCUGGCCUUUAACACUCACAUCUGUGAUGUGCACCUGGAUCUAGGUAGUUGUGAGUUGAGAUCAGCUGGGGCUCAGGUGAUCCAGGAUCACAUCAUCGAUGCCAGCGGCAUCACUAGUCUGGAUAUCUCGGACAAUGGGUUUGACUCGGACAUGGUGACGUUGGUGUUAUCUAUAGGGAGAAGCAAAUCCAUCCGACAUGUAGCACUCGGCAAAAACUUCAAUAUAAAGCCAAAAGCCUUGGCUGAUGUUCUUCACAGGAUUGUCCAACUUAUCCAGGAUGAAGACUGUCCUCUGCAGUCACUGUCGAUUGCUGAUUCACGAUUGAAGUCUGGAGCGAAUAUUCUCAUUAAUGCACUGGGCAACAACACGUGCUUGAAGGAAGUUGAUAUUAGUGGAAAUGCCAUGGGAGACAUUGGAGCAAAGAUGUUGGCCAAAGCUUUGCAGAUCAAUACAACCCUUGGGACCGUGAUCUGGGACCGAAAUAACACCACAGCGGUGGGAUUCCUGGAUGUUGCAAGGGCUCUGGAGAGGAAUUAUACACUACGGUCGAUGCCUUUACCUAUGAGUGAUGUCUCUCAGGCUUGUAGGAGCAAUCCAGAGAAAACUGAGGAAGCUCUGCAGAAGAUACAAUCACAUCUCCUCCGGAACAAUCAGAUGAAGAAGGUUUCUCCAGAACAUGCUUUUCGACUGCAAGAGAGAAUUGUAACAAGUUCCACUCAACAAAUGGUGGACAGUGUGUGUGAAAAGGUGCAAGAAUAUCUGCACAUUAUUGACAAUGGAUCAGUGAAAGAAAGGCAAGACGAUAUCAUAUUUGCGGAAGAAAUCAUUAAGGAUGCUAAGACAUUAACCACUCUGUUACCAGCCAUGUAUCAAAUGGGUAACACAACACCUUUGUUAAGGAGGGUGCAGGGAAAGCUGGAGUCAGCUGCUGAAGAGGUCUCCCAAGCUAUAAUUGAGGAAAUCCAGACACUCAUUCAGUCUCUCAUGAAGUCCGCCAGCAAUCUCUGCCCCAGUCUUGUGCAGAAAGUCAACAUGCAGGAACAGUUCAUCAGCAAAGUAGCUGACAAAAUCGUCAACCCUAAGAAUUUUGCAAGGAGCAUGAUUAUUGAUCAAACGGGAUUAGGGAUCGUGAACAAACUCAGUGAAGUGAAGCUCAAUGUUACCGCUGCUUUAAUCAACCACAUUGUCGACAAUGUUCUGAAGGACUUGGCCAUUGCUCAGCAGAAGCUUGCAUGUUAUGUAAUGCAGUCUCCGUGUGAAACAUUAGACACAAACACAACACGUGUAGAAAUCUCAGAGGAAGAAGUCAUCAGCAACAAAAGUAGUGUUUCACUAAAAAUCCCAGUGGACGGCUUGGUUCCAAUGGAGAAUCUGUCUAUACUUCGUAGGAAGACCAUACAUUCCAGAAGAAUCAGGCCAACUACAGCUUUGAAGAGGAGCUCGGACAUGGAGGUAGAAAGACAAACUGAAGAAGUGCCUUCUGCAACUACAACAGAACUGCUGGCAGAUGACGUUCAGUCUGUUAAGUCGCAUCCAGCCUGUGAAGAAAUAACUGCUGCAAAUGGCACAAAUACUGAGAAUGAUUCUACGGAUUGUCUAAUAGAGCUGCCCACAGAAGGAUUUAAACUGCAGCACCACACACGGGGAAGACCAAGGCCAAAUCGGACCAGGAAGCAGCCUCCUUCCAAACCUUCCGUGAAAUUUGCAGACCAGGAGAAGAAAGAGAAUGCAGCCAACACCCAGGUAGAUGAUGGACUUGAAGAAUUCUUCAAUAAUAAGACAGUAUUUGAGGAAACCAGGAACGCCGACCCUGUGAAGCAAGAAGAACCAAGCACCACAACGUCAAUCCCUUUAAAAACUAAAAAGAGAUACCCUAAACUCAGCGACUUCUUUAUCUUCAAGAAAGGAAAGAUCAAUAAAAUGAAAAAAACAGAGGGAGACCCCGAGGGAAACCAACGGAAAAACAAGAAGAGUUCAUCCUUGGAUUUCCUGAGACCGCACUGUAAAUCAGAGGAGAUGCUGGGUCAGGCAGCACCACCACAGAGCAGUGGCGAGCCAAGCAAACAAGAGGAUGUUCUCAAAUGUCAGUCGCCGCCACGAAGGGUUAAAGCACACUCAUUAAUUCUCUUCCCUGGGAACAUGGAUGCCAGUAAUUUGUCAGUUCAUGCUUUGGAAUGUAACUCUGAGCUCUCUGAAGGAAAACUGCUGUUCAGAUCUGAAGAACACAUACACCAGGCACUAGACACAGCAGGUCUGAAGACAAUGCCCUCUGACCCUCAGAUGAGUCUGAGCUCGGAAUCAGAGUUUAAAGUAACAGAAUUUAAAGGAAUAUCCAAAGAGAACAAACCACAGCCUCCGCCUCAAUCACUUAAACGUGCCAUGCAAGCCAAUUUAGCCAAGUCCAGUGCAAGCCUUAAAACAGAUAAAGGAGGAGAUUUUGAAGGGCAAUUAUCGCCAGAAGCCAGGAAUGCAGAAGUUGAUAGCAAGGAAGAAAAUAAAAGACAAGAACUCACAUCAGGAAAGGACCAGAAAAUUCUGUUUCCACUUCCACGAACAAAAUAUUUGCAACAGCGGAAAAAAGAACAGAAUGUAAAUCCUAUACCAGUUCCGAGAAAGACAGUGUCAUUGCAACAAAGCUUAACUCUGGAUGAAACGCAUGGCAUUGAGAAGCAUACAACGCCAACUCCAAAUUCAACAUCAAUAAAGAAAAAUGACAUUGCAGUAAAGGAAAAGAAUGAAGAAAGUUCAGCCUCUGAAGAUAAGAGUGAAACCUCCACUGUAGAACAGUUACCCCGUGAGAUCUCCAACUGUGCAGAGCAUUCAUAAUUUUUAAAGGAAAGUCUUCAUGAUCAUUGCUGAUUGACUGUCUAAAACCAGCACAUGCAAUCAAGAUUGAAAUGCUGAAGUGAAAAUGGGCUGCCCCUGCACCAGUUUGAAGUACCUACCUGGAUUAUCUGUUGAAAAAGGAAUUGGAAGAGAAAAUUAUUUCCAUUUGAUAGUUCUAUUUUUUGAUACUAUUUGUAUGAAACGUUGAUUAAAAUACAUGUAACUUGCGUUUGCAGAUUUGGUUGACGAAAGCGUAGGAUCACCUUCAGCCUAAAGUGUCAAAUUGAUGCUCUAUCUUGGCCUCCUGAGGUACCAACAUCACAAAAGUCAGUAUUCAGCCAACUGCAUUAGAAACAUAGAAAUUAGGUGCAGGGGGAGGCCAUUCAGCCCUUCGAGCCAGCACCGCCAUUCAUUGUGAUCAUGGCUGAUCGUCCCCAAUCAAUAACCCAUGUCUUCUCCCCAUAUCCCUUGAUUCCAUUAGCCCCAAGAGCUCUAUCUAUUAAUUCUAUUAACUCUGUUAAUUCUAUGUGUUAUCAAAUAGCUGUGGACAUUGGAGGGAAAGGCCUGACAAUAUUCCCAUUUUCCUGCUGGAUGUGUUUGAGAACCAAGCGUUCUAUUACAAUUCCCAUUGCCAUUUACC